GUUGCAAAAAUGAACAUUCAAUAUAAAUUCAUAGCGAUUAUUGCUAUUCUCAGUCAAUUUUGCAGUGCAAAUAAAUAUAAUAUCAGUUUGUCAAAUUUGGAAACAUGUAACGAGUAUUAUUUACGAGACAGUGAAUAUUGUUACGCUGAUUUCUUUGAACUUAGUUCUUUAAAACAAAAUUCGACAAAAAAAGACAAAGAGUUAUUACAUUUGAAAUUCUACGUUAAUACUUCAAUGGACGCUCGAAUAAUGCUCUCAGAUAUUGAUAAUCCCAAAUCGAAUCGUGGUUAUGAAAUCGUUAUUGGUGAUGAGCAAAAUUCGAUUUCAUGGUUAGGUGUUUCCAGGGCUGAAGUACGUGUACCAAUCAUAGUGAAUUCUUCUAACAUUUUAUCGACUGAAGACCCAAUGCCAAUUGAAAUAAUUCAAACAAUAGAUGGUGAUUUAAGUGUCAAUAUAAUCGGUUAUGCAGAGCCACUUUUGAAAUAUAAAGAUACACCUCCUGUGAAUGUAAAGUUUCUCAGCUUUUGUACUACUGGACUAAAUUCAGCAAAAUGGUUCUACGGUUGUCAAUUCGAUGAAUAUUCCCACGUAGAAAGCCAAAAGAUGUCUGAAAAUGGAGUUCAAACUGUCGAGUCUUAUGUUAACCAUCAAAAACUCUCUCCACAACCAAAAGCGAUAGGAGCAACCGCAGAAAUUAGUCAAGAAGAUUGUUUUUAUAAACAAUCAAACUGCAAUGAGAAUACUAAUGAAAAACAAUUCUAUUCAAUGUUAUCUGCUAUAGAUGCUAAAAUGACAAAAUUAAUGGAUUAUUUUAAUACUAGAGCUGAACCCAUUAACAGCCAUAAUACAUUUUUUAAUGCUUUAGUUCCAACACUGGACCAUUUUGAUGAUGAUCAAGUUAUGAAAUUUCAAAUAGGAGUUCUUGUACUGAUGAAAAAAAUCAAAAACACUCCAACUGAAGAAGAACCGAUAAAUGAUAGAUUGGAUGUCAUUUUCAAUGCCUUCUGAAGACUCUUCGGAGGAUUUUUUUUAAUUCAAACUAUGUAUGAAUGAACGAAUAAAUUUAUUGAGGCUCAAAUUACAAUAAUAAAGUGUAGAGUAGAGAAAAAAAAAAACAA